GCGGCGGCGGCGGAGGGGCUGCCGCGGGAGCGGGCGAUGUGAGAGCCGCGCGCCCAGCCGCCCUGUCUGCUCUGAAAUUACCUAACCGGAGCCCUGCUUCCAAACUGAUUUUGCAGUGUGCGGUUGCCCCGAAGCGAAAGAAAUGGCCCGGGAGUGAGCUAGUACUUCUCAGCCCCUUGCCGGAGGGGAUGCAAAACUCUGGGAUUCCCUCUCACCUUCCCCCCGUGAACCCGAUGCCCUGAGGGGCUUUUCUGGUCCGCAGGCCCCUGUGCGUGAGAAGAGUGGUUGCUGGAUGGAGCUGGUCUCUUGCCAUUUGCAAAUGGGAGGAUUGCAGUGGCCAAACCCGAGUAUCAGAGCCUCUUUGUGCCCUCAUUCAUGGGGAUCGAGCCCCCUCCUUGGGGGACUUAAACUUGGUGAAGACUUCCUCCCUCAUUUGCGUCGAAAAAGGGAGUUGCCGAGGUCUUGCGUGCAGUUUAAUCUGAGGCUUCUGCUUUAGUGACCGACCGCCUUGCCGCGCACGACCGGAGGAAGAUCGUUCUGUACUCCAGACCCCGAGUCCAGAUUCCGCUCCAUGUCAGUAGAAAUGGACAGCAGCAGUUUCAUUCAGUUUGAUGUGCCCGAGUACAGCAACACGGUCCUGAGCCAGUUAAACGAGCUUCGGCUGCAAGGGAAACUCUGCGACAUCAUCGUGCACAUUCAGGGGCAGCCGUUCAGAGCCCACAAAGCGGUCCUCGCUGCCAGCUCCCCGUAUUUCCGGGACCAUUCCGCGUUAAGUACCAUGAGUGGCUUAUCGAUAUCGGUCAUUAAGAACCCCAACGUCUUCGAACAGUUACUCUCGUUCUGUUACACUGGAAGGAUGUCCUUACAGCUGAAGGACGUGGUGAGUUUCCUCACCGCCGCCAGCUUUCUUCAGAUGCAGUGCGUCAUCGACAAAUGCACCCAGAUCCUGGAGAGCAUCCACUCGAAGAUCAGCGUCGGCGAGGUCGACUCGGUCACGGUCGGCGCCGAGGAGACUCCCGAAAACCGCAACGGCGUGAAGGACAGCAGCUUCUUCGCCAACCCGGUGGAAAUCUCCCCGCCGUACUGCUCUCAGGUGCGGCCGCCCGUGGUCGGCGGCGACCUGCGGAUGGAGACGGCUCCCGGCAAAGCCCCGCGGGGCCGCGGGGGACAGGAAGAAGGCCACUCGGACCGAGGGAGCUGCGGAAGCGUGUCCGAGUACGAGAUCCAGAUCGAGGGGGACCCCGACCCGGGGGACCUGCUCGUCCGAGAGAGCCAGAUGGCGGAGGUGAAAGUGAAGAUGGAGAAGUCGGAGCGGCCCAGCUGCUCCGACAGCUCGUCCCUCGGGGACGACGGCUACCACACGGAGAUGGUGGACGGAGAGCAGGUGGUGGCGGUGAACGUCGGCUCCUACGGCUCGGUGCUGCAGCACGCGUACUCGUUUUCGUCCCAGCCCGCCUCCCAGGCCCCCGGCGUGCCCGAGCCUUUCGGGGGCGGCAGCCAUUCCAGCCCGUCCAGGUCCAUGCUGAGCUGCUUCAGGGGAGGCCGGGCGCGCCAGAAGCGGGCCGCCGUCCACCUGCACGGCGACCUCCAGGGCCCGGGGCCCGGGGCCGACGGCGACGCCGCGGCCGGCCAGCCGGGCUACGAGGGCGGCCCCCGCGAGCGCGGCGCCAGGGGCCACUGGUACCCUUACAACGAGCGGCUCAUCUGCAUUUACUGCGGCAAGUCCUUCAACCAGAAGGGCAGCCUGGAUCGGCACAUGCGGCUCCACAUGGGGAUCACGCCCUUCGUGUGCAAGUUCUGCGGGAAGAAGUACACGCGCAAGGAUCAGCUCGAGUACCACAUCCGCGGCCACACUGACGACAAACCCUUCCGCUGCGAGAUCUGCGGCAAGUGCUUCCCCUUCCAGGGCACCCUCAACCAGCACCUGAGGAAAAACCACCCCGGGGCGGCCGAGGUCCGGCACCGCGGCGACUCUCCGGAGCGGACGGAAGCCUUUGCGGAGCAGAAGGUCGACGACGACGGCUCGACGGUGGAGGUGGCUCUGGAUUCUGGCCCGGAGGGCCACUUGGUGGCCAACACCCCUGAUUGAGAGCCCAAAAGCCCCGAGCAACCCAAACCAAGCACAUUUUAGCCGAUGCGUUUUUUUUUUUUUAAUUAUUUUUUUUUUUGGUUCGUUGGUUUGCUUGCUUGUUUGUUUUGUUUUGGUUUUUCCUUGUUUCACUGAUCUCUAAUUAGCA